AUGCCGCCUAAAUACAAGAUGCGGUGUCACUACGACGUCCUCGGCGUCAACCGCGACGCCGACGACGCGGAACUGAAACGCGCGUAUCGCAAGUUGGCGCUGGAGUGGCAUCCCGACAAGAACGCGCACCGGCAGGAGGAGGCCGAGGAGCGUUUCAAGGAGGUCAGGGGCGCGUACGAGACGCUUUCCGACCCUAACGAGCGAGCGUGGUACGACUCGCACAGGGAGGCCAUCUUGAGAGCGGGGAAACACGCCGCGGGGGGCGAGGACAUGAGGCCCGAGGAUGAGAUCGACCUCAUGCCGUACUUCACGUCCAACGCCUUCAGGGGUUUCGGCGACGACCCGGGCGGAUUCUACCAGACCUACGAGACCCUCUUCGCCGCGCUGGACAAGCAGGAGCAGGCCGCGAGCUUGGCCGCGGGCAAGGACCACUUCAAGGCGUCGCCCGCGUUCGGCGCAUCCGACGCCCCGUGGACGCAGGUGAAGUCCUUCUACCAACACUGGGGGCUCUUCGCCACGAUGAAGACGUUCGCGUGGGCGGACGAGUACAACCUCGCGGAGGCGCAGAACCGCAAGGUCAGGCGCCUGAUGGACGAGGAGAACAAGAAGCUUCGACGGGGCGAGGCGAGGGAGUUUAACGACACCGUCCGGCAGCUCAUUGCGUUUGUUCGCAAGCGGGACAAGCGGUUCAUCGCGCACUCCGCGGAACAGGCCAAGCUGGAGAAGGCGCGCGCGGCGGCGGCGGAGCGCAAGAGGCUGGCGGCUAAGAAAGCCAAGGCGGAGGCGGCGAGCGCGUACGUCGAGGCGGACUGGGCGCAGGCCGAGGCGCCCGAGUGGCUGGCCAGGGAGAUCGAGAAGGAGGAGGAGGCCAAGGCAAGAAAGGAAGCGCGGAAGCAGGAUCUGUACUGCCCCGUGUGCAAGAAGAAGUUCAAGUCCCAGAAGCAGUGGGAGAACCACGAGCAGUCGAAGCAGCACAAGGCGGCGGUGCAACGAUUGAAAGAGCAGAUGAUGGAGGACGAGGAGGUGGUCAAGGCGGCGUUGGAGGACGAAGACAGUCAAGGCGAGAGCGACGACGAAGAAAGCGAAGGCGAGAGCGACGACGAAGCCAGACGAAACCUUCGCGAGAAUCUUCGCAACCUCAACCUGGACGAGAAUGACGAGAAUGACGAGGCGGAGAAGGAUGAAGAGACGGAGGAUGAGACGGACGACGAGGAGGAGCGAAAGGAUCUGUAUCGGAACUGGGUGCCGAAGGACAAGAGCAAGAACCCGCGGCUGGCGAGCGAGGACGAGGAGGAGUCCGAGGACGAAUCGGGCUCGGACGAGGACGAGGACGCGGCGCUCGCGAGGAUGAUGGGCCACGCCAGGACCAAGGCCGCCACCCCGCGCGCCAACACAGAUUCCGACAACGGCGACGGUUCGUCUUCCGAGGACGAAUCCGAGGACGAAGACGACGCUUUGGGUCGGAUGAUGCGAACGAAGCGUCGAGUCGCCUUCAAGGAGCCGGUGGCCGCCGACGCCGGGGAGUUAAGUUCUGGGUCGGGGUCCGAUUCCGAGACGGAGUCGGUCACGACGGUGGGCCGGGCCGAGCGGCUCGCGCGGAACAAACCUCGGGCGCUGCUCAAGAAGGGUAAGCUCAACGCGCGGAAGAAGGACGUCGAGGCGCCCGUCGUGCCCUCCAACCCGCUGCACCUGUUGGACUCGGAUUCCGACGCGAUCGCGGAAGGGGACGAGGACGAGGACGAUGAAGGCGCCGCGCGUGCGGCGGCUCAGAGGGCGAGCAUGUUCGAUGUCCUCGACGCUGAGGUUGUCGAUGACGGCGCCGGCGUGACGCCCGCGCCGGACGAUGACGACGAUGACGACGGGGCCCAGGAGGAGGCGGCUGCCAAGAAGCCGAACAGGCGCGCCAAGAAGAAGGGCUUCGAGAAGCCCGACGCCGACGCGGGAGCCAACAAGAUCAGGUGCCAGCUGUGCAAGAUGACGUUCGCGUCGGGCAACGCGCUGCACAAGCAUCUGAAAGACGCGCACAGCGGAGUGCACAAGAAGAAGCGCUGA